UCUUCUUUCUUUUCGUUGCACGUGUUAGCAGUGGACUGCGCCAUUGCUUAAGAUUUCAGAGAAAAUUCUCUGAAAAUCGUGUAAUUUUUCUUUAGUGCGACAUAUACCACCAAUAAAAUGACGUCGCAGUAUAACUUCAAAAAGAUCGUCAUCGUUCCGACGGCGAAGGAUUUUAUCGACAUAGUCUUGUCCAAAACUCAGAGAAAGACGCCUACUGUAGUCCAUAAGCAGUACAAAAUUUCUCGAAUCCGACAAUUCUAUAUGCGCAAAGUCAAGUUUUCCCAGCAGACUUUUCAUGACAAAUUGUCCACAAUUCUGACUGACUUCCCCAAGCUGGACGACAUUCAUCCUUUCUAUGCUGAUUUGAUGAAUGUCCUGUACGACAAGGAUCAUUACAAAUUAGCUCUUGGCCAGAUAAAUAUUGCUCUGCACUUGAUAGACAAUGUCUCGAAGGAUUAUGUCCGUUUGCUCAAGUAUGGUGAUUCACUUUACCGAUGCAAGCAGCUGAAGAAGGCAGCCUUGGGUCGUAUGGCCACAAUUAUGAAGAGACAAGCACAGAGUCUCCAAUAUUUAGAGCAGGUCAGACAGCAUCUUUCCCGUCUGCCUUCCAUUGACCCAAAUACCCGCACUCUGCUUAUCUGUGGAUUCCCCAAUGUUGGCAAAUCCAGCUUCAUCAACAAGAUAACUAGGGCAGAUGUUGAAGUUCAGCCAUACGCUUUCACCACCAAAUCACUCUUCGUCGGGCAUACUGAUCAUCGCUAUCUGAGGUGGCAGGUUGUAGACACACCUGGAAUUUUGGAUCACCCUCUCGAAAAUCGCAACACGAUUGAAAUGCAAGCUAUUGCUGCUUUGGCCCAUCUUCGUGCUGCUAUUCUCUACGUUAUGGACAUUUCAGAGCAAUGCGGUCACACGAUCGAACAGCAAGUUGCUCUAUUUGAGAGUAUCAAGCCCCUUUUUGCCAACAAACCAUUGCUCGUGGUGCUGAACAAGACGGAUGUAAUCCGGCUGGAGGAACUGAAGCCUGAACAAAAGACCUUGAUCCAAGGUUUCAUCAAUGAUGAUAUACCCGUUAUGGAGAUGUCGACGUUAAGCGAAGAAGGUGUGAUGGCUGUUAAGAGUGAAGCUUGCGAACGUCUGCUGGCCCACAGAAUCGAAGUAAAGAUCAAGAGCAAGAAGGUGGAAGGCAUUCUCAAUCGGCUACACGUAGCCGUACCGAAACCCCGCGAUGGAGUCGUACGUCCGGCAUUCGUGCCAGAGACUGUGAUUAGGCAACGUUUGGUAAAGGAACCUAAGGCCAAGAAGAAGACGGAACGCGAUCUCGAGGUUGAACUUGAGGAUGAUUAUUCUCUCGAUUUGAAAAAGAACUACGAUCUACCAGCCGACUUCAAGUACGAUGUCAUCCCAGAGUUCUGGGAAGGCAAAAAUAUUGCCGAUUACAUCGAUCCAGACAUUAUGGCCAAGCUGGAGGAACUCGAACGCGAGGAAGAACUGCGAAUUGAAUCCGGCGUUUACGAAAAAGAAGAAGAAGAAAUGGACGAUGAAGAAAAGGAAAUCCAUCGGUUAGCUGGCAAGAUCCGUGAGAAGAAGGCCAUCAUCGCCAUCGAGUCCCGCAUUGGUCGCAGUGGAGGCGCACCGGUGAUGCCGCGUGCCGGACGCAAACGCGAACGUUCCGUCAGCCGUUUACGCUCUGAGUUCGAAGAACUUGGAGUUGACAUGAGCAACAAGAGUGGAGCCCACUUCUCUCGCACUAAAUCACGCUCUGCCAGCCGUCCACCAAUUAAGAAGGCCCGCGCAGAUUCAACCGGCCGAGUCAGUUCAUCGUCUCGUGUAACUCCUCGCGAUCAAUCUGGCAUCCGUAACGUUGAGUUGAAGGCCAAGGCUAAGAAGAUGGGACACAAAGCACAGGGCAAGAUGAAUCAAUUCGGUAAGGCUGGUGAAGCCGAUCGUCACAUCGCCGUCAAGAUGCCAAGACAUCUUUACUCUGGCAAGCGUGGUAUUGGUAAAACCGAUCGCCGUUAAAAAGAAAAUGUAAUAAGAAGAAAAAUCUACAUCCGAACGAUUAUUGAAGAGGCAAGAGAAGAAUGCGAGAUGGACGCCCCCGUUCCUGGAGUUUGUUGGAAGAGGAGAGGCCAAGGUUAGAUUUCAUUUUAUCGCCAAGUCCCUGAUUGUUUGAUGUGGUAAUCAUGUCGAAGAGUUCUGUACUUUUGCGCCAAUUCCAUCUCUCCUCCCGGUUCAUGUGUACCCACUUAAUAAUAUUUUUCAAGAGUUUAACAUCCUGAAAAAUAUGAAAAGAAAGUACACGGCGUGGUGUCAGUCUUGCUAUCGAA